AAGAUGAGUGCAUCCGUAGCCCGACACCGCCAGAACAUUGCUGCAGCCGGAUGCCCUGGUCCUGCGAUCCGAAGAAUUUGGGCAGUGGAGCUUUACUUGCAGAUGAAUUUCGAGGACUUGGUGACCGGCAUCGAAGCGCAUUGGGCUCUUCGCCGUGGCCCUGAAGCAGCGUCCCCGGACUCUGGAUGGACUCCCUCAAAGGCCGAAGACCGAAAUCCUGUUCUGCAACGUGGAAAGGAACAAGCUAAACCUCUCGACCCCCUGCGUACCGUACUUCCUGUGACACACCAAUCUGCAACAUUACCUUCAGGAAUAAAGCAUGGAACAGUGCAAUUGGGAGUGACAGAGACUGGCAGAAUGUUUCCCGGAGUUCUGAAAACGGAGGCUACGUUGACUCAAACCUCAGCAUUUGGAGACCCACAGCCAGCCUCGCCUCAUUCUGACUUAGGCUCGUUGCUUUCAACUUCCGCCUCCUCUUCCCCGGUGUUCCAUUACUCAGAUAUUUCACCUCUGGCUUCGUUUGACGCGUCGCUGUUCGAGCCGAGCGCAGCGUCCGAGCUCUCGUUUAAGGGAUCCCCAGUAACGUCAGAUGAGUCUUCGUCUUACACCAUUUUUAUCCCUGUUUCCCUUGCGUCGCCCUCGUCUCUGGAUUCCACGGCAGGUCCAAGCGGACAGGACUCUGCUGUCGGGCCUGUGCGACGCUUGCGCAGGAGCAACAGAAGGCGGACGCAGCCGUACAAACUGAACGACUCCUUUGUCUUCUUGGAGGAUGAAAAAGGAGAAGACGAGGAUACCCACGACGCAGAAGGGGCACAAGGCGACAAGGGACCAGCCCCUCGAGUAGAAGCCACAACCUCCACGUCCGGACAAGCCGGCAACGGCUCGCCCGAGGAAGAUGUCACUUUGAUAGAGAAAUACCUCAGGAUAAGGAGUCUCAACAACGAGGCCUCAAAGCGCUGCAGGAAGAGGAAGUUGGAAAAAAUAAAAGCAAUGGAAAAUGAAGAAAAGGAUCUGGCACAGAAGAAUCAGGAGCUGAAGAAAACGCUGAACACGCUGCAGAAGUUGAAAGCCAAACUAAGAGUUGAAAUUGGAAAGAUUUUCAAGUAAGCAACAAAAUGAAUAAUAAAAUUUGAUGUUUUGAAACCUUUUAUGAAAUACUUGUAUUUUAUUGUAAUUAAAAGAACAAAGCUCUUA